AUGAAAGUUAAGAAAAACAUUCUCAUCGGGUGCACCGGCAGUGUGGCCACAAUAAAGUUGCCGUUACUGGUGGAGCGGCUUCUACAACUCCCAAACUUUGACGUCGACGUACGCGUGAUAGUGACGGAGCACGCGCAGCAUUUUUUCUCUCGUGACGAUCUACCGCACGGGAUCCUUCUAUACACCGAUCAGGACGAGUGGACUAGCUGGCAGAAGCGCGGUGAUCCGGUGCUGCACAUCGAACUCGGUAAAUGGGCCGACCUUCUCCUGAUCGCCCCACUCGAUGCAAAUAGCCUUGCCAAGAUGGCCAACGGUCUGUGUGACAAUUUGCUGCUCUGUACCACCCGAGCGUGGGAUCCGGCCAAACCGCUACUGUUCUGUCCGGCAAUGAACACCCGUAUGUGGCAGCAUCCGAUCACUGCUACGCAGGUGGAAACUCUCAAGUCCUGGGGUCACCGAGAGAUUCCGUGUAUUGCCAAGACGUUGAUGUGCGGGGACACGGGACCAGGAGCGAUGGCUGAAGUGGACACAAUCGUAGCAACCACAGACGAGACACUAACGGCACAAAGGUGAUCAGGAAUUAAUAUACUUAAAUUGUA